UUCGUCAUUCCGUCGUGCAUGUCGGACGUUCACGAAAAGCAAGCUCAUCGAAACAAUUUCAAUUCAAUUUUCAAACAAAUUAAGCAUUCAUCAUGUCGGACAAGGAAAACAAAGAUAAACCUAAGCUGGACCUCGGUUUGCUCGAAGAAGACGACGAGUUUGAGGAGUUCCCCGCGGAAGAUUGGGUUGGUAAUAAGGAGGACGAAGAAGAGCUUAGCGUGUGGGAGGAUAAUUGGGAUGACGACAAUGUCGAGAAUGACUUCAACCAGCAGCUGCGUGCACAGUUGGAAAAACACAAGUGAAGCAAGCCAUGUCAAGUGUGAUACGACACGCUCCCAAUAAAUGUAAAGUUAAGUAAUCUCUUGA